AUGCCGCCUCCUCCGCCCCCUAUGAAGAGGAGGGAUGUGGUCGUUAGUCAAGUCCGCCCUGAUUUAAACGGCCGCAGAGAUGUGUCUGGAGCUCGACUCCCUGAUGAUGUCAAGGUAGUCCGCGUGGAAAGAAGGAUUUUUCACCCCUCUCGCCAGCGUAACUCCUCAUCGGCUGUGACGGCUCCCGGCGCAUUCUGGGGCAUCAGCGUGGCCCUGGACCGGGAAAAAGGAGUCGGGUGGGGGAUGAGGGGGGCUUGUGCUGUCAAGGCGCAGAGUGUCAUGCCUGACCCCCAGCAUGUCAACAAUCAAAAACAAGGAACCAAGAGGGAGUCUGGUGACAUGAGGAUAAUCACUGAAAGAUGCAAGCUCUCUAGUACUUCAAUGGAAAGCCUCUAUAGUCGACAAAGUUCCUCAAGUGGAGUCACUAGUGAUUGUUCCAGUAACCGAGGCAGUCUAAGGCUGGAGGAUGAGUUCUUUUGCACAAGACAGUUCUGUGGUCGCGCAAGAGUACAUACAGAGUUUACGCCAAGUCCGUAUGACACAGAAUCUCUCACACUCAAGGUUGGUGAUGUGAUUAACAUCAUCCACAAGCGCCCCAUGGGAAUAUGGACUGGGAUGUUGAAUGACCAAGUAGGCAACUUCAAAUUCAUCUAUGUGGAUGAGUUAACAGGAGGUCCUGAGGCAUACAAGGAAGCACAAAGCCACGGAGCAAAACAAAAAUGUAAAUCGACUGUCCAUGAAGUGUUGAAGCAUCUAAGUUUAGAGGAAUAUUCAUGCUCUUUGGAGCAGAAUGGUUACCAAACAGUAGAUGACUUGAUGAGGCUAAAGGAGCAUCACCUGACAAAACUUAAAGUGACUGAUCCAGUGCACAGGCGUCGUCUGCUCGCGGCUGUUGAGUCCUUUCAACAACUGAGCUCCAAUUGUCACAUGGAGGAGCCAAAUCAAGAGGCCAAGACCCCGGGCGAGAACACGAAAGCUGAUUUGAAUAACUGCGCAAGAGACUCGGGCUGCCACAUGCCAUCUGACAUCACCAACGGCAGAGAGGAGGACACAGACCUUCCCUUUCCUUGUGGAACCCCUGAACCAGCAAAGACGAUGAUUUCAUGA